AUUUAACAGUAUGUGGGUAUGUUUAAGUGAUGUGUAUUCAAAGAACAUGAAUCCGAAAUUCAAAAUAAUAUUCUAUAUUUUGGUUUUCAGCUUCACUAUAAUCAAUCUGCAUCUUCUAUCAACUCCAAAAACUUCUGUAGUUCAAUUUGAAUCUAGAAAUAUAGAUUUUUUUCAAAGAAACCACAUACAAUGUAACGACAUCGUAUUAGAAAAAUCCAUCGAAUACCGAGGAAAUUACAUAGUGUUAAAAAACUAUAUAUUAGCUAAAAGGUCGUUUAAAUGUCUGGAAAGUAUAACUUUGAGUGUACCAGGUGAUUAUAGAUUUCUGGAUAACAUUUUUCCACUAGUAGAGCGAUGGAAAGGACCCAUUAGUGUAGCUUUAUAUGCACCUGGAUAUGAUUUUUUUAGUACUUUACAGAGCAUAGCUUACUUAAGACACUGUUCCGUCUUUUCUUCGUUGGUAAAGGAUUAUGUCACAUUUCAUAUUUUUUUCGAUGAAGAUCAUAUGCCGCAAGUGCACGAUGAACCACUAAUUAACAUCUACCAAGACGAAUUCAACUGCGAACAGAAACCACCAUUCCAAACCAUUAAAGACGAGGAAAUGUACAAACAAAGAACAGGAUUGUUUUAUCCUAUAAACGUCGCAAGAAACGUAGCCAAAUUAAACGCCCAGACGCAUUUCGUUUUUCCUUCCGACAUCGAAUUAUAUCCAACAAGACAUUUCAUAUCGAAAUUUUUCAAUUUCACCAGACACCAUCCCGAAUAUUUUGAAAAGAGUUCACGAAAUGUUUUUGUUUUUCCGCUCUUUGAAAUUCAAGAGGGAUACGAAAUUCCAGAGAAUAAAACUAAACUACAAGAAAUGAUAAAUAACAAGACUGCCUUCUGGUUCCAUCAUGAAGUAUGUCGGAGUUGUCAUGCUGUGCCAAAAAGUGCAGAAUGGAUAGCAGAACAGGAAACUAAUGGUUUAAACAUUUUUACGGUUACAAAAAGACAAGAUAAACAAAAAAUAUGGGAACCAUUUUUCCUUUGUACGCAAAAAGAACCACUUUGGGAUGAAAGACUAAAUUGGGAAGGACAGGGAAACAAAAUGUGUGAGGCAUAUCAUCUCUGUCUAUUGGACUAUGACUUUUUGGUGUUUAAUAACUGUUUUCUGACACACAAACCUGGUGUUAAGAAAAAGAAAGUUCAAAAUAUCAAGUACAAAGAUCAAAUGAGAAAAAAUAAUGAGAUUUUAAGACAAAUCACUACAGAAUUAACAAAAAUUUAUGGUAAUGGUACAAAGUGUUUGAUACAUAAUAUAUUUCAUUAGAAAAAAUAUGUGGUCAGAUAGAAGUGUAUUUAUUUUUUUAAAUUUUUUAAAUAAAGAUUACUUUUUAAA